UGCCAUGGCGACGGCCGCUCGUCGACGCUUCUGCCGCUGCGCCUGCUUCUGCUCUCAGAACCUGUACGUGGCGCGCUACGGGCUGCACCUGCGCUUCCGGGACGAGCAGCAGUUGCGCCGUGACUAUGGCCCGGUGAGCGGGGGGCGCAGGAGGGGCCCGGACACCAGGACUGGCUUUGCCCGAGGCCUCUCGCUGCAGCAUGGCAGCUCCCUAGGAACCUGAGAACACGCGUGCCGAGUGCGCUGGACAGAAGUUUUCAGACCUAUCGAUGAUCCUGUCACGUCAUCUCCGUGACAGCGGUGGGGGGGCGCUGAGGCUCAGAGAUGUUUAUUGACAGGGUGACAUAGCCCUGCUAACUGACCUUUCUGCUCGCAGCUCCUGCGCAGCCGCGGCUGCGUCAGUUCCAAGGACUUCCAGCAACUCUUGGAGGAGGUCCUGGCCCAGGAGAGAGAUUGAGAAAGACCAAAUUGCCCCCAGCGUCCCCUUCUCACCAGCUGAGUGGCAUGGUCAGGGCCACCACCCCCAUUUCAGCUAUCAGGACACCUUGACACCCGCAGAGAACUCUGGCAGGUUCAGAAGUAUAGGCAGACUUGCCUUCCAGCCUGGGUCCCACUUUGGCCUUCCUGGACUUCAGUUUCUUCUCAUGGCGUUGGAGGUGGGUGGUCCCAGUUGUAACUGCCUUUGCUGUUCCAGCUUGAGCAGGAGGUGGGGCGCCGGCGCAGGCUGGGGCAGGAAUCAGCUGCCAGAAAAGCCCUCAUUGCCAGCACCUACCACCCAGCGAGGCCUGAUGUCUACUGCUCACUGCAGGUACUAGGCCGGCCUGGGAGCUUGGAGGAUGCUGCCCUGGUGGGGUGCUGGACUUUCCACAGCUGCCCCCGUUCUGCCCCAGGACGCGGCUCUGGCCCCUGAGUUUGUGGCUGCAGCUGAAUACAGUGCAUCCCCCGGUGCAGGCCUUGAAGGCCUUCUCCAGCAGCUGGAGAUAGUGUCAGAGGAGAAGCGCAUCUACCGGGUGCCUGUGUUCUCGGCGGAGUUCUGCCAGGCCCUGCUGGAGGAGCUGGAGCAUUUCGAGCAGUCGGACAUGCCCAAGGGAAGGCCCAACACCAUGAACAACUAUGGGGUUCUGAUGCACGAGCUGGGCCUAGAUGAGCCACUGGUGACACCACUGCGGGAACGCUUCCUGCAGCCACUGCUGGCCUUGCUGUACCCGGAGUGUGGUGGGGGCCAGCUUGAUAGCCACCGGGCCUUUGUGGUCAAGUAUGCGCUGGGCCAGGACCUGGAGCUGGGCUGCCACUACGAUAAUGCCGAGCUCACCCUCAAUGUGGCUCUGGGCAAGGCCUUCACAGGGGGUGCCCUAUACUUUGGGGGCCUCUUCCAGGCACCUGCAGCCCUGAUGGAACCCCUUGAAGUGGAUCAUGUGGUGGGCCAGGGUAUCCUGCACCGUGGUGGCCAGCUGCAUGGGGCUCGGCCCCUGGGCACCGGAGAACGCUGGAACCUUGUCAUCUGGCUCCGAGCAUCUGCUGUUCGAAACCGCCUCUGUCCUAUGUGCUGCCAGAAGCCAGAGCUGGUGGAUGAUGAGGGCUUCGGUGAUGGCUUCACCCGGGAGGAGUCUGCCGUGGUAGAUGUAUGUGCACUGACUUGAGCCUGGUCCCCCAGGGGUGGUGGCGCCAUGGCAGCAGGAAACUGCCAGCUUGUGUGGGGAGGGCAGAAAUAAACUCUAUAGCCAUGUCCCUCCUUGGGUCAAAGGGACACGCUGACUCCCCGGUCACUCUUUGGACAGAUGAGCUGUCUUAGGGCAGAACUGCUGGAAGACAAGUCGAGUUUGAGAUGUAAUAUUGAGAGUCGAGGAGUGUGGAGCAGGUUCAGGAAGGGAAGGAGCCCUAAAGAAUGUGAUUCCCAGUGAUUUCCAGUCUCAGCCUGAUCCCUGGGGAGCUCUGCCUGGGGUGGGGGACUCAGUUAGUGACUCCUUGGAUAGGGUGGCUCCCAGGGAUUUAAGUGGGGUUCAUUGGUCUGUCAGCAGUGCUGGCAAAUGGGGAGCCAGACUUUCUGGGUUCAAGCCUAUGCUCUGGCACGUCCUGCUGGGCAGCUCAGAAUUUGUUUGCAGCCUGGGUGUUGUGACGAGCUGACAUUUAUAAAAAGCACUUUAUAACAGCCCUUUGUUUCCUGUUGUU